CAACAUGAGUGUAACUUUUCCCAAAAAUCGAUGAAUGAAAAUGAAGUCCUGUAAAUUAAAGCAUCACGCGAGUCUCUUAUUUUUAGCUGCGCACGCUGGCCUUGCGAACGAGUUACACCACGUAGGGAUAUUAUGGACUUACUCUCAUUGUGUGAUUACAGUAAGAUUGGCGUUCGGAAUACGAUGAAUAAUUGAAUAUCACCAAGAGCAGAUUAUCUCAGUCUCGACCUUUAUUUUACUGCACUUAUCAAAUUAAGUUCACACUGUUUAUUCUUGGAAAAGGGCGAGAGUUAAAAAAGAUGAAAACAUCUCCGAUCACUAAAAAGCGACGUGCGUGGCAUCACGGGCAGUACGAGAAAGAAAAGAAGCUUGCAAAGCUGUGUAGCGCGGGGAGUAUCCCCGUUCCUAGCCCUCGCUAGCCUGGCGGAAUUUCCCUGCAGGGACAGAUAGAGGGUAUACUGUAAUUUACUGGACUCCACAUGCGGCGGAAUGACCAUAUAUGGAGGUGGAAGAGGGCGUGGCCAACGUUCCGGAUUGGCUCACCAGACUCGAGAUGAAAAAGAAUGUUGUUCGUUAGUAUGCGCACGCGUUCGGUCCGCGAGGAAGGGCGAAGUCAAUGUUUUUUAUAUCGGUAGUUGUGCAACAUGAACAGAAAAUGUGCAACAGUCUGAAGACGUAAGGUAUAUUUAGGAUAUUUAAACAUUUAUUGGCGUUACGGACUUCUUCUAAGCUGCUUGCAAGGUUUUCCGAUGCAACAAAAUCGUUCUCCUGAUUUUGAGAGCAUAAAAAUAAGGAGUUCACGGCGUAAAGUCAGCCCUGGAAAUGACUGCAGCAAACUGCCCGGUUGCAGACUGGAUGCGCGGGCGUCGCGGUGAGCCUACUACGGGAGUUCUCCAGGAAGCGAGAGCGAAGCAUGACUGUAAUGGGUCCCGCCAGCCAGUGAAGACAGCCAGUGGAUCCCCAGAAGUGUCAGUGCCGCUCUGCGCCCUUCGUCUGCAGGAGGACUGGUCCGCGUGAUCCCUGGUCCUCCCCCCUCCCCACUUUAGGUCGCUGUGACUGUAUAUUUUGACAGUGUGGAUUAAAUACAGACUAGUCAUCAUUUGAGGAGCUGGACCGUUAUAGUGGCCCCUCCCCCAGCCUCCUCUUGGCUUGAUGGUGUAGCCAUGAGCUUGUCACCUCAGGCGAAACCCAACGCAAAGAGGACAGGCAAGCGCAUCACUUUCUUCGCCGACCAAGCCAUGCCCAUGAAGGAGCAGCACGGCGGUGGGGGGGGCUGCUUUGGCAUGCGGGCUCCAGGGGCCGAGCCGCCACGUGGCGACAUGAAUGAACAGGCCCGGGCUCACUACCAACACGGCGUGCCAGUCAAGUGGCCCGAGCAAGACCCCGGCUGGCCUCAGGGCCUCCCCCGCACCUGGGGGCAGGGCAUGGGCCCGUACAUGGGCGUGAGCGAUCCAGUGGGCCAAGUCGCCUACACCAAGCCGGCCCACGAAGCAGGAACCAUGCAGGUGCAGCGCAGGGCCGCCGAGAAGCAGCCGAACCCGGCCGAGGCAUACCGGGACCCGGCCAAGACCCGAAGCCUGGAGUGGGAGCAGCAGGCGCCUGCCGCCAUGCCGCAGGUCUCCUUCCCAGGCUUCCAGCAGGGCCACAAGCCCGGUGUGCUGCACGGCGCCGCUCACACUGCCACCAACUCUAACGUGCUGCAGCCCUUCCAGGUAGCGUUCCGCCCACCAAGGCAGCACCUGACCUCCGGCUACUUUCCGGCUCAUGCCGCCAUGCCUAACGUGAACUACGGGGUGCACGUCAAAGAGCAGCAGCAGCAGCAGCAACAGCAGCUCCAGCAUCUGAGGCAGCAGCAGCAGAUCCAGCAGCAGCACAUGCAACAGCAGCAGCAACAGCACAUGCAGCAGCAGCAGCAGCAGCACAUGCAACAGCACAUGCAACAGCAGCAGCAUUUAUUGCAGCAGCAGAACCAGCAGAACUACCUGGACAUGUUCCCCAAUGCGCACCACGCACACGCCCACCCACACCUCCACCAGCAGGCCCCCAAAGCCAUGGAGGCGGUGGGUCACCUGCAGGGGACCACCGUUUCCUUCGGACCUGUGAAUGUGGAUCCCCGCGGCCAGGGGGCCCUUGCGGACUCUCGGCGUGCCUGUGACAUGCCUCAGCUCCAGCCUCGUCGCUCCCGCCGCCUCUCCCGGGAAGGCGAUGUCCCUAGUGUGGUGCCAUGGGGCCAGGAUGCCCCGGAGCAGCCGGGCCCUCGAAAUGGGGCCCCGGAUGGCCAGGGGGGCACCACCGAACUGCAGGGGCUCGGCGCCCCGACAGGGGUCAUCCAGAGCACGCGCCGGAAGAGGAGGGUGUCCCAAGAGGCCAACCUAGAAACCCUGGCGCAGAAGGCAUCUGAAAUGGAGUCCCUGCCUUCGCAGGUCGUCAAGGAGGAGCACCUGAAAGCUCACGAUGGCCAAGAGUCCGCCGAAGGGGAAAGCCAAGGUGUCAAACGUGCUCGUGAUGACAGCCUGCUGCCGCUGGUGAUUCCCGUGUCUGUGCCAGUGAGGCAGACUGAGCUAGAACUGAGCUCCGGGCCAGGACAUGGCCAGACAGGCUGGUCCAUCCCCCGCCCGGGACAGCAGGACCCUACUCAACCGGAGCACAAGGCCUCAGUCAUCGUGACACGACGCCGUUCUCUGAGGAACUCUCUGUCAGACAGCUCUGCCCAGGAUGAGGGGGGUAAAGACGACGACGGCAAGUCAGUGCGGUGGAAGCGGAGGCCCCGCCCCGAGCCGCUCUUCAUCCCGCCCCCCAAGCCCAGCUCGCUGAUCGCACCGUCGGCCUACCACAACAUCACGUCGUACCAGAGCCACCUGCGCUCGCCGGUGCGGCUGGCCGACAGCGCCAUGAUUAUCCCACCGUACACGCCGCCUCCCAUCUUGAGCCCUGUGCGAGAGGGCUCCGGCCUCUACUUCUCCACCAUCCUGUCCUCUGUCGCCGCCAGCAGCCAGGGCCUACCACUGCCCCCCACGCCCAAGACCUCCACCCGCAGCCUCCUGCGCUCCAGCAGUUCAGAUAUAACACCCCCGAUCCUCCCGGUCAUGGGGGAGGCCACUCCUGUCAGCAUUGAGCCGCGAAUAAACAUCGGGCAGCAGUACCAGGCGGAGAUACCGGCGCUGUUGGACCGUUCUGUCGCACAGCAGGACGUACAUCUGGCUGACCUCGUUUGGCUCCCGGUACCGGAGCUGGACUCAACACCUUCACUGCAGGAGCGCGUGAAUGACCUCAUGAAUCUGGCCUGCUCCAGUGCUGUGUGUGGGGGUGGGACAAAUCAGGAGCUGGCUAUGCACUGCCUGCACGAGUGCAAAGGAGACGUCCUGAGUGCCAUGGAGCUCCUGCUUCUGAAGAAUCCCAUCUUCUCCAAGUCGCACCCACUGGGUGACUAUCACUACUCAGGGUCAGACCUGUGGACACCAGCAGAAAGAGGCUUCUUCAACAAGGGCAUUACUGCCUAUAAGAAGGACUUCUUUGUGGUGCAGAAGCUGGUGCGCACUAAAACCGUGGCCCAGUGCGUCGAGUUCUACUACAGCUACAAAAAGCAGGUGAAACUCGGUCGUAAUGGCAUCCUGAUUUACGGGGAGGCGGAGCCUGGCGAGCCCAGGGCCUCGGAUGCAGAGGUGGAUGUCAAGAGCUCUCAGCGGUUUGACCAGUGGAAGGAGGAUGACGAGCACGCCAAGACAGAGGGGGCAUGUGACCUGAAGCGGGAGGCAAGUCCAGCCAGGGUGCCGAGAGUGCCGCAGGCCGACACAGGCGAGAAAGAGAGGAAGGAGCCCCCCCAGGUUAGGCAGCCCCCCCAGCCACCCCCACCACCGUCGACUGCCGCUUCACGUCCGAAGAGUGGGGCAGCCCCCCCAGGAAAGGCCCCACUGGACCAGGAGGGCACAUUCCCCUGCAAGAAGUGCGGCAGGGUUUUCUUCAAGGUAAAAAGCCGCAGUGCCCACAUGAAGAGCCACGCCGAGCAAGAGAAGAAGGCAGCCGCGCUGCGGCAGAAGGAGGCUGAGGAGCGGGCGGCGGCCCAAGCGGCGGCGCAGGCGGCGGCGCAGGCAGCGGCGCAGGCAGCAGCCCGGCAGAACGGCGCGAGGGAUGGAACCGAGAACAGCAGCACCGAGUCGUCAUCGGAGGAGGGCGAGGACGAAGAGGAUGAGGACUGGCACUGAGAUGUCCCCACUCCGUCCCUCCUGUCUGUGGCGUCCAGAGACUCCGUGCCAUGCAGAUUCAUAGUCUCCGCCCACCGCCACAGUCUCCGCCCACCGCCACAGGACUCCGCCUACGCCAACAUGCUUUUUGGGGGUCAGCUGUGCUCCUGCAGUUCCACUCUCAUCUGGGGGAAGCUAUUUCAGGAGCAGGAUUUUGUGGAUAGCAGCCAUUAUUAUCGGGGUUAAAAGACACGUAUGUGCGCGUGCUCUCCCACGAUUUGGAUGUAUGUGUAGUGCAAACCCCUGACUUGAUCUCAGAUGCAGCACAAAUAUUAUUCUGGAGGCUGGAGUGCCGGUCAGGGGGACCCAGCCAGAUGGUGGAGUGUGUGUGCGCGCACUGUGUACUUGUGUGUGCACACGCAUGCCAGUGUCUUCUAACGUUUUUUAACGAACCAUUGAUACAGACGGUAUAUUUUAAAGAUGGCAAUGGUGAUGCACCUCCGCAGACCUGCCAGAACAAGGUGAGCUGUUCCCGUGUUGAAGUGCUGUGUUUUGGGAUUAUUUCAUUUUUUUCCUCACUGUAGAUGUUUUUGAUGCUUUUAUAUUUGCAAGACAAUCCAUUUUAUUCUGCUCUUUUGUAUCGAAAAAUGUACUUGCUAUUAUUAUUAUUAUUAUUAAUAAUAUAAAUAUUAUUAUAAUUGUAUAUUCUCCAGUGUAAUGAUACUGUUAUUGAAAUUCGUGUCUACUUUACAUUCAAGUUCUCUUUUUCAAUCAACUGUUAAAACUUUGAGAAAACUGUGACGUUUGAUCAUAUUUCUCUGGAAAACAGGAAAGAACAAAUGUAUUUCCCACGUGCAAUACUGUGUAAACAACAGUCUCCACCCUCCUGUUCUCUCCUCGCCUUAAGUCGCUGGAUAACAUUAUUCAAACAAACACCACUUACUAAUGCAGAACGAUGCUGACAAUCAAGAAAUCCAAACUGAUUUCUCAGGGUCUGUCGUUUUUUUGUGUUUUUUUUUUUUUGUGCAUUUUAGAUACGAUGUUUACAUCCGGGCUUUGCCUCUUCUUGUCUUUCUUAUAGCACCAAUAAUGAUGUCUGUAUAUGUGCAUGUGUGUCUCUUUCAGCAAAGUCCUUCUGCUGAAGUUCCCGUCAGCUGUGGGAGGAGGUGUGGUUUUGUAUUUCUGUUCGUUUAAAUACUUUAUUAUGGAUGCGUAAUGAUCAAGAAUCUAACUUCACAAAUGCAAAGCUAAAACGCUACUGUCACUCUGUACAGUCUAAGGGAAUUUUAAAACGAAGGGUUAUAUACAUAAUGUAUGUACAAAUAUAUAAAAAUUAUAUAUCCACAUUUUCUAUAUUAUUUUGAUGAGUUAUGAUACACUAAAGGAAAAAAAAAAGUAUUGCGUGCUUUUGCUAUAGUAACUUAUUUGAUUUCUUAAAAUGGAGUUUUUGAAUAGUGAUGAACAUUUUUGAUUAAAAUUCAUGACUCUUGUAA